AUGUCAGCACUAGGGGAGGACAUAAGGCAAGCUGUGUUGGUGGUAUUACCUAGCCUACCAGAGGAUAAAGUACAGUCCCUCCUGAACAAGUUGGCAAGCAUUGGAGUGGAAUCCAAAUCUGACCUGCAGUUCAUCAAAGAGGAGGAUCUCCCUGCCAACAUUACAACUAUCCAGUGUCGGAGGCUUCUCAAUGCGUGGCAAACCAAAGGAGAAACGUCUGCUAAAUACCGCAGGGAAAUGGUACGAAUCAUUGUUGAUGAAAUGAGGCUGACUGAAUUAAAUCCAUCAAAAUCUCAGUGCCUGACAGUGGCCAAGAUGAUUGUAAAGCAGCAUCCCAAAUGCUUUGCAGAUGUCAUGAGAGAUGGUACUGUAAUUGGUAGUGGCUAUGGAUCCCUUUCGACUCAACUAAAAACACGAGUAGAACAUGUUAAUCGUGGAAGUGCUCUCUCCAGACGAAGGAAACAGAGAAGGGUCUCAAAUUCACCUGCAGACACAGCUAGAGGACCAGCUGACCAAUAUGGCUGCGUGAGAUGGCAGCCUGAAUGUCCACCGGGGGAAUCUGAAGAGAGUCUCAAAGAGAAGCAGAGGGAAAUGAAAGACCUCUACUGCGUUGAGGGGCCAGCUGGUGCAGAGAGAGGACUUUUGACUCAGUUAAUGAAAACAACCUACUACCUCCAAAGAAAAACCAUCAAUGCCAGCCCACCCCCUUCGAUUGCUGAGCUGAAGAAUGAGUGGCCAUAUCUUUUUACACCAAAAGAGCUGUACAGCCAUUUCAAAUUACUCACAGACAUUGGCAUCCUGGAUAAAAUGGAGCAGGUUAUGGAAGAAAAAGGGAAGCUGAUCCUUCAGUUUUUCCAGCAGAAGCCAGCGGGGACUAAUGCAGAUGAGGUAGAGCGCAUCCUGGUGAAGUACAACAGAGAAGAAAUGUGUGAUCCAUGCCCAUGUGUGAUCCUCCUACUUAUGGCACACUUCAGAGAGAACCCUGAGGGACUCGUUUUGCAGGCAGAUAAGUUAGCAACAGCAGCUGACAUCGAAAGAACACUACCGCUUCCUGACUCUCCGAGACUAAUUGUCUUAGGUGAAGUGCUCACAGCAACUCAAUGGAUGCUGAGCAUCGAGGGUCAGGUGGUUGUGCCUCCACAUUCCAACUUCGUGGCUGGAAUGGCAGCAUUCUUUUCAAGCUAUUACAACUUUAAUCUGGUGUACCAGGAGCAAGCAUCUUGCACACUGGAAUUCAUUCAAAGAUGUUUCAUUGGACUCAACCCCACCAGUGGCACCAAGACGACAAAGCUGGUCAGCCAAAGAAGUGGGAAGGUGCAUGAGAAGAAGAACAACUCAGUCAAUCCUCAUGUCUCCUCUCUCCUCAGGCGAUUAAUGGACUUUGAAUGGCUUUGA